AUGGCAGUGUUCUUUGAUCUUGACGACGACGACUGCUCAGCGAGCGGUCGAUCGCGCCCUGACACGGGAGCAUCGUCCCACCAAGAUCAGCUGAAAUCAGCUGUCAAUGGAGGACCCAGUGGAGCGAGCAAUGGACAAGUACUGUCGACGGCACCCAACAAACUGGCUGCCGCGUUGACUUGUUAUCCUAUUGCCCUCUCCUUGUCCUCUCAUCUAGAUCUCAAUGAUCUGCACGCUCUUGCGGCCACUUGUCGAAAUGUCCACCUGAGCCUCGCACAGUAUGCACAUCAACUCAAGUCUCAGUCCCUGCGUUGCAUCCAUGAUGGAAGACCAGUUCUAGCAGAAGUGCUCCUGGAACAAAGAGGAAGAACGGAUACUGUGGACUCUCGCGCGAGCACAAGUUCGCUGCAAGUUUCGGCAAUCUCACAGAUGCAGGCGACAGCAGAAGCUAUCGAAGGGGGCUGGCCUCCUCAGCAUUCUGGGGGACUCUAUGCAUCAAUGGGCGUUUCGAGCAAAAUCAGCUCUUGUGCUCGAGAUUUGGUGGCUCCGUGUCGCCGAUGCGGAACGGUCGUAUGUCGUAAUUGUGCCGCUAAAUCUCCCAGCACUAUUCGGCUGAAGGAUCGCUUUCGCCGACUUUGUAAGACCUGUCUCGAUGCCCCAAUCGAAGCACAUUUGCAAGACAUUGGCUCUGCCGACGAUACCAGCGAUAGUCCUCCCCUGUCCAGUGCCAGUUCGAUGCGAUCUGAACGGUCAGCUUCAAGCUCAUCCGCAUCGGGCAACACCCCGGGCGUGCAGAACUACGAGUCAACCAUCAGCUCGCACCGUGCCUUUACUUCUUCGGCGUUUCUUCGAGGUCCCUGCACCUGCGAGACGCGUGGAGUUUUUUUGUGUACCCCCUGCGGCCAGAGUCUGCGGGUGGCCGACACCACUUACAAGAGGGUGUGGACCUGGCGGUCUCGGUACUCGACGCAUAUUGGCGACGGUUUAGGUACCGGGUUGGGAUUGGGAAACCAAGCCCAAAAAUGCGGCCGUGGGGAAGAUUGCCUAGAGACCAGUGGCAAAGCCGUAUGCUGGGUGGAGAUUGACUGCUCUCAAGGCAAGGCGCAUGAUCCGGCUGAGGUGGACAGGAACAGCUUCAACCGACUAGGCACACCAGAUUCGGCCUAUGGCAGUAACAAGCCAGGGUAUCUCCAGCAAGAGAUUGAGGGGAUAGGAGGGGUGGUCAAGAAGAAGGUAAAGAAGCGUGUCAAGGUUGGGGCGGGGGUGUGGGAGUGGGACGAUGAGAGGGAGAGUGGUAAAUAUCUGGAGCGGGAAGCCAAGGGCACAGCACGCAGUUGGUGCGGUUGGUGUGGGCGGACGUCGCUGGUCAUGAGCUUGCCAAAUGCGGUGCACCACCGUCGACGGAGUUCAUCUCUCGAGCGCCGGGAUCCGUAUUCCUCACCGUCGGUUUACUACGACGAGGAAGCCUACAUCAAAACCACUCGCGAAAAUGCUCUGGAGGCUUUCAAGGGCAACUAUCCCGCUCGGAGGACAAGUCACGAUGAACACCAUGAACAACACCAGGAGUUGCUGGUGGACGUUGACCGCACCUUGCAGGAUCUCUUGGAACGCGAAGAUGUGGACAAGAACCAACAGAUCACGAUCGAAGAUAACGGUCCCAAGCACAUCAACUUGGGCACCUUGGCUUCUGCAGGCUACCGAUCAGCUGAAGUUCGUGGAAAUUACAUGAUCAGCAACCUCCUACAAGAGUUGACUUUGGCCAAAGAUUUGGGCAAGAAGGUGGUCAAGAUACACCGCUCUCGAUUGAGUGAGAACCCCGUCGACCGCCUGUCGCGCCGCAUCCGGGAUGAGUUUUGGAACAAUUUGACCCGGUGCCUGGACGGCGACACAAUCGAAAGGGCGGGUCGCGAUCCCAAGGACUGGACGGCCGAUCCUAGGCCUCGCAUCUAUAUUCCCUCGGGCUGCCCGGAGCAGUUCGAAUACUACACCCAAGUUGCCAAAGACCGCCCGGAAAUGCGGCUGGACGUCCUCUACCUGCCCGAAGGUCCCAUCACUGCAGAGUACGUGCGGGGGCUCAAUAGCGCUCCUGGCAUUCUGGCCCUAGCUAUGAGGAAAGAGAUGGUGGAUGGACAAGAGACGCUCAAGGGCGAACCAUUUGUCGUGCCUGGAGGACGUUUCAAUGAGCUAUACGGCUGGGAUAGCUACAUGGAGUCCCUGGGUCUGCUUGAGAAUGGACGGGUCGACCUGGCUAAGUCCAUGGUGCUGAACUUUGCCUUCUGUGUCAGACAUUAUGGCAAGAUCUUGAACGCCAACCGUUCUUACUAUCUCACUCGAUCACAACCGCCCUUCCUGACCGAUAUGGCGCUGAAGGUCUAUGACAAGAUCAAGCACGAAUCGGGAGCUCUGGACUUCUUACGCUUAGCCAUCCGAGCAGCCAUCAAGGAAUACUACAAUGUGUGGAUGGCGACACCUCGUUACGAUCCGGGGACUGGUUUGUCACGAUACCGGCCCGAUGGUCUUGGUGUACCACCGGAGACCGAGGCAUCUCACUUUGUGCACAUUUUGACACCGUAUGCCCAAAAGCACGGCAUGACGUUCUCCGAGUUUGUCGAGGCGUAUAACAGUGAAAAGGUGCACGAGCCCGAGCUGGACGAAUACUUUUUGCAUGACCGUGCCGUCCGCGAAUCUGGCCAUGACACCUCAUACCGGUUGGAAGGCUGUGCGGCGAACCUAGCCACGAUCGAUCUGAAUUCGCUGUUGUACAAGUACGAAAUUGAUAUUUCGUGGUGCAUUCGCCAUUAUUUCAAAGAUCGCUUGAGCAUUCCCGCUGAGUUCCAGACGGAGGCCAACCGAAAAGAAGGGUUCGAGACAUCGGCAACAUGGGAUCGACGAGCACGGUUGCGCAAGGCUCGCAUUGAUAAGUAUAUGUGGAACGAAGCCAAGGGCAUGUACUUUGACUAUGACACGGUCCAUAAGAAGCGUACAACUUACGAGACGGCAACGACCUUCUGGGCGAUGUGGGCAGGAUGCGCGUCACCUAAACAAGCAGCUGCGCUGGUGCUCAAUGCCCUGCCAAAGUUUGAUUGUUUUGGUGGGCUCGUGUCAGGCACUGAGGAGUCUCGUGGGGAAGUAGGACUCGAUCGCCCUAACCGUCAGUGGGACUAUCCGUUUGGAUGGGCUCCUCAGCAGAUGCUGGCCUGGGGAGGGUUCAUCAAAUAUGGAUAUAUUGAGGAAGCACAGCGGCUGGCGUACAAGUGGCUGUACAUGGUUACCAAGGCAUUUGUCGACUUCAACGGAGUGGUGGUGGAGAAGUACAACGUGACUCGUGAGCUAGAUCCGCACAAGGUCGAGGCUGAGUAUGGCAACCAGGGUGCCGACUUCAAGGGCGUGCCCCGAGAGGGGUUUGGUUGGGUCAAUGCCAGCUACGUGUAUGGACUGUCCUUCAUCCCGAUGCACAUGAAGCGCGCUCUCGGCACCCUCACCCCGUACGAAACGUUCGCGAGGGCAACUGAAAUCAAGCUGGGAGCAGGCGAGGGGACCAUUGAAGAAGGAUCAGAUGAAUCGAGACAGGAAUCGUCGGACGAAGCUGUCGUCACAUCGAGCCAUGAAUCGCCAUGA